ACUGCAGGCUAGAGCAAGAGAUAUUUUUAAUUAGUUUGUUGGAAAUUGUGCCGCAAGAAUGGAUGGACAGCAUACAAUACUACAUACACAUAGAGACAUAUGUACAUAUGUAAAUGCUUUUGAAAUUAAUAGUUCACGUUGCUGUUAGCGAAUGGAAGGAAGUUCAGCUCAAUUACGUAGAGAGAGAGAGUGUCAGGCGCUUUUGCUGGUGUUUCUGCGGAGGUCUACUACGUUCGUGAAGGUCACGUUAACAAUUAUGCUCUCAAUUUCGUUGUACCAGUGCCGGCGAACGUACGUGAUAUUACUUUCACUUGGCAGAGUUUGGCCGGCCGACCGCUUCCCUAUAGUAUUAACGUGGUUACAACAGAUCAAGAAGUUCUGCCGCGUCCCUUCAUGAACAUUUCACAGAUCGGUGAAAUACCGACGAAUGUACAAACGUUUGCUAUUGGCCUUAAAUGUUCUGGUAUACGCGCCUCUGAAGUGGAUGUCACAAUUUCAAUAGAGGUGAUACUCAAUCGUGCCCUCAACAAUGUAACUCAUUUGGUUUUUCGGCGCAAAAAGAUUUGUCUACUCGCCGAUACAGAAGAGAAUGCAAUACAUGGACCAGUGUUGCUAGAGACCGCUGUGCCACCACCUACUGGCAUAUUGACCAUCAUUGUGGGCAGCUCUUUGGCCUUGGCACUCGUAAUCAUUUUGCUUUUAACCGCUUAUUGUGUACGACGUUCGGCAAAGCGUCAAAACCAUGGCCAACCUAUGCGCACAUCAAGCUUUCAGCGCCUCAACACGAACGGACCAUGUCAGCAAUCGGCCACAUACAAUGGUCCACCAUCCAUAAUUGCACCGGUCCAUAGUUCUUUGCCACGUAAAGUGGAACCUCAACAACCGGAAGAGUUGCAUCGGCGCAUAUCGGAGCUUACAGUGGAGCGUUGUCGUGUACGUCUCUCAAGCUUAUUACAGGAAGGUACGUUCGGUCGUGUCUAUCGUGGUACCUACAACGACAAUCAAGAUGUGUUGGUGAAGACUGUGGCACAGCACGCCAGCCAAAUGCAAGUGUCUUUAUUGCUGCAAGAGGGCAUGUCGCUGUAUGGCGCUUCCCACCAGGGCAUACUUUCAGUUUUGGGUGUGUCCAUUGAAGAUCACACCACACCGUUCGUGCUCUACUCAGCGCCGAAUACUACCCGUAAUCUAAAGUUAUUCCUGCUGGAUCCGUCUUGCGCGCGCACGAUAACCACCGUACAGAUCGUUAUGAUGUCCACCCAAUUGGCGCUAGCCUUAGUGCAUUUACACAGUCAUGGGGUUGUGCAUAAGGAUAUAGCAACGCGAAAUUGUGUCAUUGAUGAUCAGUUACGCGUCAAGUUGUCAGACAGUUCGCUCUCCCGAGAUCUCUUUCCGAGCGAUUACAAUUGUUUGGGAGACAGCGAAAAUCGUCCCGUUAAAUGGCUUUCCCUGGAAGCUUUGCAGCACAAGCAGUUUGCAGAAGCGAGCGACUCUUGGGCGUUCGGCGUACUUAUGUGGGAGUUGUGCACAUAUGCAAAGCAACCGUACUCCGAGGUUGACCCAUUCGAAAUGGAGCAUUAUUUGAAGGAUGGCUAUCGGUUGGCGCAACCCUUCAACUGCCCAGAUGAGCUCUUCACAAUUAUGGCCUACUGUUGGGCGCUUCUACCGAUCGAGCGUCCCACAUUUGCUCAACUGAAUGCGUGUCUCUCGGAGUUCUAUGCGCAAGUGACGCGCUACGUGUAAAUUCGGGUGGAAGAGACCUCGCCGUAUAUUAGACUGUAAAAUUGCUUCCCUACUCAAAUAUAAUUAAAAAAAAGCAACAACAAACUUUAUUUUAAACUUAUUAAAUACACACAUUUGCAUUCAGAAUAAUAUGAUGCAAUACAUACUUACAUACCUACUCCUAUAUAGAUAUUUUAUUAGUUAGUAUAACCUUGUGAGAUUGCCAAAAUAUAUUUAUUAAAUAUUUACUGAUUUUAGGAUUAACUCCUAAUGACUGCGUAUAUAUAUGUGUAUAUAAGUAACGGGUGUUUUUAGAGGCAUAAAACUUCAUAAUUAAAUAAAAUACAUAACUGUAUAAUGUUAACUGUUUUCGAUGC